AUGAGUUCCGAUUGGCGUGCGAAUCGUUCCGACGAUGAAGAAGAUGAGCAGGAGGAAGUUUUUGCUGGCAGAUCCGGGCUUAUAUUGACCGUGGACUGUUCUGACUACAUGUUCGUGCAGGAGGGAGAAUCGGACUCCCGGUUUGUACAGGUGCUUCACAUCAUUGAGGCCAUGAUGCGCAACAAAGUCGUUACCAAUGAGACGGAUUUAAUUGGAGUAGUGUUCUACAACACCAAGAACAAUCCUGCACCGGAAACUGAGGAAGAACUGCAACCGGGCCUUGUUGCACCGCGACAAUGUGCCAUAUAUCUGCCUCUCGGAACCACUUCAGUGGAAACGAUAAGGAAAGUACGAGGUAUGCGGGAAUCGAAGGAUUUGUUCGAUUUUGACACAAAGUAUGGCCACGCGGAGGGCACGAGCCUGUCGAACGUAUUGUGGCUUUGUUCGCGGAUGUUUUCCCACUGUGGCUACAAACUGUCCCAGUCCACAAUCGUCUUGUUUACGGGCAAUGAUAUGCCGCACGAUAGUAGCACCAGCGAGUAUCAGCAAGCACUGGUAAAGGCGAGAGACCUGCAGCAGAAGGAGAUUUUUGUAGAACUGGUACCGAUGAGUGGUAACUUCGAUUGCGACAAAUUCUACAAAGAGUUCCUGUGUACCGUACUGGGGGAGGAUAUGGCCGAUUUCGUGCCACCGGUGUAUGAAAAGUCGAGGGAUAGGUUGCUGUACCGUUUGUUCGUGAAAAGCUACAAGAAGCGAUCGAUGGCCCACUUGAAGUGGUAUCUUGCCGAUGAUCUAGCACUUGGUGUAAAUGUUUACUCGUUGAGAAGGAGUCCACGCUAUCCCAAAAAGGUGAGACUAAUGAGAUCAACAAACGAGGUGAUCGUAACGAAACGGGUCCACAUGUCCAGCACCAUUAAUGAAGAUGGGGCAGAGGAAGAAUCCAAAGUCAUUUUACCUGGCGAGCAAAGAAAAUCGAUCACGAUCGGCGGCGAAAAGGUAUCGUUCAAAUCGGAAGAAGUCGCCCACAUUAAGCAACUGUUACAACCCGGAUUACGCUUAUUGGGAUUUAAACCCUCAUCCGUGAUCGAUAUAGCUUAUCAUCUUCGUAGUUGCUUGUUUCUGUAUCCAAACGAAGGUUACAUUAACGGAUCCACUACACUGUUUCGGGCGCUGUACGAAAAAUGUCUUGAGAAGAAUCAGGUGGCCUUCUGUAUGCUCAUUAUGCGACGGAAACAACCGCUCAAGUUGGUAGCCCUCGUACCUCAGCAGGAGCUGGGGCACGAUCCUUUGGGUGAAGCGGAUCGCCAUUGCGGAUUUCGUGUCGAGUUUAUUCCAUUUGCUGGUGACAUUCGAAAAUUAUCCAUGCUAGAAGAAAUCACGGUCCCGGAGGUUACAGACGAGCAGACGGAUUUGUUCAAAAAGAUGAUCAAAAAGGUAAAGUUCAAAUUUCAUCCAUCACACUUUGAGGAUCCAUCGUCACAAAAUCUAUACAUCAACAUCGAGUCGCUGGUGUUUGAUGUGGAAGAUGCUGAGUUGUUCGAUUCGACGCGACCCGAUUGCGAGAAAAUCGACAUGAAGCUGGAACCAAUUUUGAGCGAUAUGGAGCGCCUGUUUGGAGAGGAUCCCGCGGAAGCUCCUAAGCGUCGCCGAAACGUUGGAGAGAAUAAUGAUGGUGGUGAACCGAGAGCGAAAGGGGCACGAGUAUUACCAGCAAACGAUGAGGAACUUCUUCAAAUGGUGAAAGAUGGCAAAGCUCAAAGUUUAACUGUGGCGAUGCUGAAGGAAUAUCUUGUAAAACAAGGCGUUCGUGGACUUUCGCAGCUGACAAAAUUGGGCCUUAUUGAUAAGAUUCUAGAUACACAAGCAGAUUAA